UCGGUUCCGCCCACAGACGCAGAGCUGCUGGGUAAAAAUGGCUGAAGUGGAUUUCGGGGAUAACGAGCUCUUUGAACAGCUCGAUGAAUUUGUGCCGCAGGUUUCGACGCACAUUCGCUUUAAAGAUGUUGAAGAAGAGGAGGAGGAGGACCGCGAGGAGGCGAAGCAUUUCCGGGGCAGAAUGGAGGAGUGUGAGGACCACAUCCAGAGACUCACGGAGGAGAAUCAAGUUUUAAGAAGGAAGCUGAACAUCCUGACACGACCGAGUGGCAUCACUAUUGGAGAUGUCAACAUGGAUGGGCCACUUCUUCAAAUCCUUUAUGCAAACAACAGCAUCUCAAAACAAUGUCGUCAAGAGAUUGAAGAUUGCAUCUGCAGUGUGAUUAUGAAGCACCAGAAACCAAGUCAUGAAAAGAAAUCCUCUUUCCAUGUGAAGCCUCAGAAUUCAGCUUUUGCUUUGGAUGAAGAUCCACUGAAAUCAUCUUCAAGCAGUGUAGAAACAACAUCAGAGGCUUUUAAAGUGGUUGGCAGUGUCUUAUAUUUCACUACUUUCAGUGUUGAUAAACUUGGACAACCUCUGGUCAAUGAAAACCCACAGCUUACAGAGGGAUGGGACCUUCCCACCUAUCACCAGGUUUUUAACCAAAUUGUGGGAACAGAUGGACAGGACAUUGAAAUGAAAGAUAAAAGACCCAAGUCCAUGUGUUUCAACUGUGGUUCCGGCAGUCAUCAGAUAAGAGACUGCCCCAAGCCAAAAGACAUGGCUGCCAUUAGUGAGAGACGCAAGGAGUUCAACCAAAACAACAGCCAGUCCGCACUGAGUAACCAACGAUACCAUGCUGAUGAAGUGGAAGAGCGGUUUGCUAAAUACAAGCCUGGAGUCAUAAGUGAGGAGCUGUUGACAGCACUGGGCAUUGAUGCCAACACCCUGCCGCCUCUGAUUUAUCGCAUGAGGCAGUUAGGCUACCCACCAGGCUGGCUCAAAGAGGCUGAGAUGGAAGAUUCUGGUUUGCUGCUGUAUGAUGGGAAUGCUCCAAAUAAUGGCAGUGGGACAGAGAACAGCAAUUCACAAAACACCUCUUAUGAUGUUUCCAAACUGGUAGAUUUCCCAGGCUUUAAUGUCCCCGCAUCAGACACUACGAAAGAUGAUUUCAUGCUGUAUGGUUCAUUGCCAAUGCAGAGCAACCACAUGAAGCAUAACUAUGCUGCCUACCUGUCCAACAACUUUCCAAUGCCUGGUGCCAACUGCAACAAGAGGCGCCAUGAUUCGGAUGAAUCAUCUCCUCAGCAAAAGAAGAAGAAUCGGCACAGUCCUGAUCGUUACUCCUGCAGGAGCUCGGACAUGGAUAUUGAAUCGGACCCAGGGACACUUUAUAAUAAUGGCCCUGGUGACUUUCAUUUCCAACCACCGCUGCCCCCUGGUUCUCCUUGCUUCAGUUCACCUCCUCCUUUACCUCAGGGCACUCCUCCAGCUACACCCACUCCCCCACCUCUCCCCAAAGGUACACCUCCUCUUACACCCAACAAUGGCUCCCCUGCUCUGCGAGGGCAGAACUGGGUAGUAGUUAAUGAGACUGUGGAAGGAACAGAUGAUGAACUGACAUUGGAGGAACUGGAGGAGCAGCAGAGGCUGAUUUGGGCAGCUUUAGAAAAUGCAGACACUGCCACUAGUAGUGACUGUGAGACACCUGCGAUGGGUACACCUCUACCCAGUUCACCAAGUGUGUCCACGCCUGCGCAGGUCGACACUGAAACAGAGGAGGAUGCAAUGGACACAAUGACACCUGCAGAAAGUUGUCAUAGUGGUGAAAGUCAAAGGGAAAAAGAAGUUCAAGAGAUUUGUCCUCAGAGCCCUGGACCAAUUAAAGUCCAAGAUGACAGCCCUGAGAGUCCUAAACCACCCAGAGAUGGCAGCCCUGAGAGUCCUGAACCACCAAAAGUCCAAGACGACAGCCCUCAGAGUCCUGAACCACCAAAUGUCCAAAACGACAGCCCUCAGAGUCCUGAACCACCAAAAGUCCAAAACGACAGCCCUCAGAGUCCUGAACCACUCAAAGUCAGAUAUGACAGCCCUGAGGGUCCUGAACUACUCAAAGUCCAAGAAAACAGCACUGAGAGUCUCGAACCACUCAAAGCCCAAGACAACAGCCUGCAGAACCCAGAUGCAGGUGCAGAAAACUGUGCUUCUCUUAAGCAUGACGAUAAGGUAACAGCUGUUCCUCAUCGGAGCAAGUUUGCUGCGGGAAUCGUUCCAUUUGAAGAAACACCAGAAUUCACCGAAGUCGCUGAAGCCACAGGGACAUACCUCAGGAUCAGAGACUUACUUAAAUGUUCCCCCAGAAGUUUGGCGAAGAAAAAGUAAAGAUGUACAGUCCCAACUAUGAAAUGAUAGAUGGGUAUUUUAAGCAAAAACUUCUAUUUUCAUGUCCAUUCGAUCAAGAAUGUUUUUUUUAACUCUUUAUUAUUUUGUACAAAGUUGAAUGUCUACGCUAUAUUAUUUGACCUGUUAGCAUUUAGUCACAAGGGCAUUUCAUCCAUCAGCUUUUGACAAACUAGGCUCAAGUAGUGGUGUUAUCGGGACUGUGGAUUUUAUUGUAACAUUUGUAAAAUGACAAUUUCCUGUUCUGUAUUCAUUUUUGUAUAAUUCUGUUAAUGGGUUUUUCUAUUUUUGUCGCCCUGGAAUUGAUUUGAAAUUGUCAAUUAAAUCUGCAUUCCUCAGCGUUUUAUUUCGUUGAGAAGCCAUACUUAGAUGUGGAUUUGUUUUUCAGCUUUCUUUUUGCAGGUGUAAUCCUCUUCUAUCAAUGCAAUUUUUCCAAAAUGAUUGUUGCAGACAAAAUAAUUAUAUUUUAGAAUUCUGAUUGUGCUCAUGAAUGUCCCUGUUAAUUUUAGACAACUCUACAUCGAACCCUACAAAAAUACAGUAAAAUACUAAAUUCUCACAGUUAUUUUUCCAUAUUCAUGUAAAAAUAUAUUCACUCAGUAAGGAUGGUACAAUAUUACCUUUUUGUGAGUAUCAACCAAAAUCUGUCAUAUACAGCCAUUUGAGACCUUUUGAACUACAAAGCAGUUAACAGAACAUUUGUGCCAUCCAUUCUAAGCUAUUUCAAAGGCAUAAUUCUCCAACUGUGAAACACAUUCUGCUAUUCUGGAAAUAAAAAGCCUAAAACACG